UGCAUCUCCCCACUCAUCUCUGACCGUGAUACAGCCAUUCACCGCCAUCAACCGCCAUAUUGCAGCACAUUGCAGGUUGCAUAUUGUUUAGGGGCCUGUGUUCAUAUAAGUUGACAUAUUCCUGAUAUAUGUUCGUGAUCAAAGAAAGAUGUCAGUAAUGAGGAUGCGAGCUGCGAAAUGUCCUACAGAUGAGCUCAGUCUCUCUAACUGUGCUGUCAUAAAUCGUGAUGACUUUCCUGAUGAUGUCAAGCAUAUUGAGGUGACCACUGGUCCAAAUCAACACUUCGUGUUUACAAUAAAAGCUCAUCCCGAUGUAGCUCGUGGGACAGUGGGUUUUAGCCUGCCUCAGCGAAAAUGGGCUACGCUCUCUCUCAAUCAAGACAUUGAAGUUAGACCAUAUCACUUUGAUCCUACAUCUGGAUCUGAAUUUCUUUGUACUAUUGUACUGGAGGCUGAUUUUUUGCAGAAGAGAUCAACCACCCUAGAGCCUUAUGACACCGAAAAAAUGGCAAAGGACUUUCUGCUACAAUUCUCAGGGCAGGCCUUUACGGUUGGGCAACAAUUGGCGUUUCAGUUUCAAGAGAAGAAAAUGCUUGGUCUAAUUGUUAAAAGUUUAGAGGCUGCUAACAUCUCAGGAAUCAAGUCAGGACAUGAUACCACACCAAAAAAGACACGUAUGGGUCGUUGCCUAGGCGACACCGUGAUACAAUUCGAGAAAGCCGAAAAUUCUAGUUUGAAUCUUAUUGGUAGUGCUAAAGGGAAAAUUGUUCGUCAAUCAAUUAUUAAUCCCGACUGGGAUUUUGAGAAAAUGGGGAUUGGUGGCCUGGACAAAGAGUUCAGUGCUAUUUUCCGAAGAGCUUUCGCGUCAAGAGUUUUUCCCCCAGAAGUGGUCAUUCAGUUAGGCUGCAAGCACGUUAAGGGUAUUUUAUUGUACGGUCCUCCAGGAACUGGAAAAACCCUCAUGGCAAGACAAAUCGGCAUGAUGUUAAAUGCAAGAGAACCUAAGAUAGUAAAUGGUCCACAAAUCCUAGAUAAAUAUGUAGGUGAAAGUGAAGCUAAUAUUCGAAGACUGUUUGCUGAUGCUGAAGAAGAAGAGAAAAAGCUUGGGCCUAAUAGUGGACUGCAUAUUCUUAUCUUUGAUGAGAUUGAUGCUAUUUGCAAGUCAAGAGGUAGCGUAGCUGGAAAUACUGGAGUGCAUGAUACUGUUGUUAACCAAUUGCUAGCCAAGAUUGAUGGUGUAGAACAAUUGAAUAAUAUUCUCAUUAUUGGUAUGACCAAUAGAAGGGACAUGAUUGAUGAAGCUUUGCUUCGUCCCGGAAGACUAGAAGUGCAAAUGGAAAUUAGUCUACCAGACGAACAUGGAAGAUUUCAAAUACUUAAUAUCCACACAUCUAGAAUGAGGGAAUACAAGAAGAUAGCAUCAGAUGUUAAUUUAAAAGAAUUGGCUGGACUAACAAAGAAUUUCAGUGGUGCCGAAUUAGAAGGUCUUGUGAGGGCUGCACAAAGUACUGCUAUGAAUAGAUUGAUCAAAGCUUCAAGCAAAGUGGAAGUAGAUCCAGCAGCAAUGGAAAAGUUGAUGGUGUCAAGAACUGACUUUAUGCAUGCUUUGGAGAAUGAUAUUAAACCGGCGUUUGGAACCAGUGCAGAAGCAUUAGAUCAUCUGCUCAUGCGUGGCAUUAUAAAUUGGGGUAGACCUGUUGCAGAAAUUCUAUCAGAUGGAAAUUUGUAUAUUCAGGAAGCUCGUGCUUCGGAAGGUUCUGGUCUCGUAUCUGUACUGUUAGAAGGACCACCUAAUAGUGGCAAGACUGCACUUGCUGCUCAAAUAGCUAAGAAUUCAGACUUUCCAUUCGUCAAAGUGUGUUCACCUGCUGACAUGGUUGGCUUUACCGAAACCGCAAAAUGUUUGUCUAUUCGCAAGAUAUUCGACGACGCAUAUCGCUCCCAGCUUAGUUGCAUUCUUGUUGAUAAUAUUGAACGAUUAUUGGAUUACGGUCCUAUCGGUCCACGGUACUCAAAUUUAACUCUACAGGCAUUACUGGUUCUGUUGAAAACUGAACCGCCACGUGGCCGAAAACUUCUAAUCCUUUGUACUACUAGCCGCCGGCAAGUGCUUGAUGAUAUGGAAAUGUUGUCGGCAUUUAGUACUAUUCUGCACGUGCCAAAUUUAUCGACACCUGAUCACCUUUUGGCAGUAUUAGAAGAAGUGGAUCUGUUCACAAAAGAAGAAAUGGCGUCAUUGCAUGCAAAGUUACAAGGAAAGCGCAUUUUCAUUGGAAUCAGGAAGUUGUUAUGUCUCAUAGAUAUGACACGUCAGGUGGAGCCAAGCUACCGUGUAACGAAAUUCCUCUGCAAAUUGGAAGAUGAAGGUGGUCUAGAAUAAAAAGGAUAGUUAAGUAACAAAUGUUAUUUAUAUUGUAAUUACAUUAUAGUCAAUAUUUCUGAAUAGUGAGAUAAACAUAGUUAAGAGGGUUACAAAAUACAAUAUCUUCUAGAUAUAAAACUAGAAAAUGGCACUAAGCCAUACCUGGUGGUACAAAUAUCACAUUUACAAUAAGCUGUUAAGUUUAUUGAAAAUAUCCUAAAAGUGGUGAAGCAUUUACAAAGAUACAGCUUCACUUAUUGUGCCACCAAAAUCGUAUUUCGAUCACACAUUUUCAACAUUGUGGCUUCACGUCCAAAAUUAGUACCCGAAAGCUAAAGACCGAAUAUUAAUUGCAGUGCGUCUCCGUUUUAAUACUUUUUCAAUGAAUUAAUUUAACGAUAGACUCUCGUCUGAAGAAAAAUCUACUGUAUAUAGUUGCUUUACGUUCGAACUUGAAAAUAUCUAUUUCAAGUACCUGUUCAGUCAGUUCUAAUAUAAUGACUCACAAGAUGAUUACAUAACUACUUCAAUCUUUUAGGACAUUAAUGUCACAGCUGAAAUAUUUUUUUAGUCUAAACUAAGUUUUCCCAGUUACCUUGUAAUAAGAAUGAUGCAAAAUAACAAAAUUUAGGGAGAAAUAACAGUACAUAAGUUUUCCUCGGUUCCGAUUUCAUUAUGCUGUACGCAUAUUAUGGUAUGACCAUCACGUAUACAAAUACAUUAGAACUAACAGAACAGUAGCUUUAAAGUUGCAUAUAUACUAUAAAUAUUGUUGAAAGUUACCAAUUUUUAUAUGAAAUAUCUUCAAUAGUAUAAUGAUGCAAGUUGUGCAUUGAGUCAUAGUUUGGUCUGAUACUACAUGAAACAUUGUUUCAAGUUCAUUCAGUAAAACAAAAAUACGUAAAUUAAUUUUCAUGAAGUAACAAGUAUCUUUAUAGUAUUAAUUGUAAUAUUGGUACUUUGCGAUAAUAUGUAUAACAACAUGUUUGUUGCGUGUUCGUUAAGCACACUUGGUAGCAAUAAAUGCUGAACUUUAAUUGAAAAUUUCAAAGUAACUAUCGAAACAAAGAAGAUUUUUAUACUUCUAAAACUGUGAUUAUUUUUGCAAAAUGAAUUAUUGUUAUGAAAAAUCAUUCCAUUAUUUUCGCUUGUAAAUUUGUUAGUGCAUCGUUACGCUUUUGAUAGUUUUUAUCUGUAUAAAUUUUAUGUAAAAAUUAUCAUUUACCUAAUAGUUCAAUAUUUUGUGCGCCAGUUUUAUUAUUAUAGAUAAUUAUUAUCUAUAUUUAAGCGAUUCAUUUUCUAAAUAAUUUUAGUCGCACACGCCAGUACAGCAGUCCUGAAAUGUGCCACUGAGAGAUGCAUACUAGUGUAUUGAUUAAGUUAUAAAGGAAAUAAAAGCACAAUUAAAAUAUUUACAAAUUACGUGUAGUAUGCGUUAAAAAGUGGUCCAGAUUAUAUACAACAUAAACACGCUGAACUAACUGUGCGACCAAUCAAUUUAUACAAUUAUACAAUUUAUACAAGAUUGCUUAGCGUAAAUCAAUAACGUUUUAAAAUAUAAGGUAAGUUUUCUAAGAAAAUCAGAAGUAAUUACAACUGAUUAUACCUUAUAGGUACCUUACACCUUACAAUCCUGUAUAUAAAACCAUAUGCAUCGCGUUUAUUCCGCAAGCCAUGUAUAUAAUACAGAUGUAAUCCAAUCAAGAAAAAAAUAAAAUAUGACAUACGUAUUU